CGCAUCUGUAAAAUGUAUUGAUGUCAGCGGUAAGUCUACUUAAAACAACUUUGGACAAGUCAACAAGAGUUCCACCCGAAAUCCCCUUUUAAGGCUCAACAAUGAAAUUGAUGGGUCACUUGAAGCUAGGGAAAUUAAGAAGCGACAUGAGGACAUAAAAGGCGGAAUUACAUACCAAUUGAGCAGAAACCCUGGUUGACUGGACAAUCGACAAACGACGCGUUGUGUGAACAAUCCCGACUCAUCUUCUUUUAACUGCCCAAAGCUUUAAGGCAUAGCCUCGUAACGAAACGAAAUAUAAUCCAAUGCAAUAAUAAAUCCGAACCAUACACCCCUUUCCACGAUACUCUUGUCAGUACCUACCAAGGACCAAAGAUACUAGUAAAUAGUGCCUAGAUAUGGCCACCGCUGUUGGCUCCGGGCCUCCUACACCGGCACCUCCUCCGCCAACCAAAUAUCCAAAUCCUUCCAUUCCCGUUACUCUCCAUGAGGCUGGUCUCGAUUCUCCUUCCUUUCGUGCUGCUGCCCUAUACUUCGCCGAACAAGUCGAUGUGAUUGAAAGAUGGUUGGAAGGAUACGUGAGGACGACCACCAAGCUAUCACACGACUUGCUAGGUUUGGAAGAAACUAUCAACAGCUAUCUAAACAAGGCCAUCCCACCACCCAGUAUCAAUGCCGUCGACAACGACUAUGCCGCCCUGGCGCUUAAGCGGUUCAGUGAGGGGUCAAGAGAAUGGUGGACGCAGGUUUUGAACACGGCUAGGAAGAUGGAUACUAUGUCGGCAGAGCCAAUACGUAACUUUAUCCAGACCGAUCUACGGAAUUUCAAAGACACCAGAAGAACAUUGGAGCAGGCGCAAAAGGCUUUUGAUACCACAUUAGCUCGCUACGUCAGUCAGUCUAAGACGAAGGAGCCCUCGUCUUUACGCGAAGAUGCUUUUUCUGUAUAUGAGACUCGUAAGGCUUACCUAAAGGCCUCUAUGGACUUCUGCUACUAUGCACCACAAUUUCGCCUUAAUCUUGACAGGCUGCUGGUACGGAUAUCUUGUGAUCUUUGGCGCGAGAUAAAAAGGUCCCGUGAUGCUGCUGGAAGCUUCGGGAAAUAUGGUUACGAGAUGGAUCGGGUGAGAGGAUGGUCAAAGGACAUGGAGCUGUCUGAGCCCGCUUUCAAACGCGAAUUGCAGAUAGCACGACGUGACAUUGGUGAGAGCACAUUAGCAGCGCUCAAGCCUUCACGGGAAAUAGACGACUAUAAUGCCUCCACUGUACCGUUUAUAGGCUCCAGGGGACCCAUGAACGUGACUACAACAGGGCAAUCCGCAGUGAUUACGGAGAAGCAGGGCUGGCUUUUCUUACGGACGAUAACUGGCAAGCCUUCCAGAACUAAUUGGAUCCGAAGAUGGUACUACUGCCGCGAUGGCAUAUUUGGAUGGCUUGUCAAUGGUCCUCAAGGAGUCUUGCAAGGUGAUGAGAUUGGUGUUCUUCUCUGUAAUGCAAAACCUGCUGUGGGAGAGGAACGUCGGUUUUGUUUUGAGGUCAAGACCAAGAACCAGACUUUACUACUUCAGGCUGAAACGCAAGCACAGUUGAUGGAGUGGCUCGAGGUUUUCGAGGUUGCGAAGAAGGCAGCAUUUGAAGCGAGCGUUAAGAGGGAUAGCUCGUCUUUGCCAGGCGGAGUCGAUCCGGCUUUCUCCAUCACUCCAUCUUCACUUCCAGAAUUUUCAGCUAGAACAUUAGACGUUCAAGUUGAAGACGCACCCGCACCCGUUGAGCGGCCCGGUGCCCUACCAGCUCCGGCGCCCGAAGUUGGACUUAUACCUAGACCAAGUUUUGAAAUUACAUCAGCUCCUCCCAAACGCUCUGUGACCUCUCUCGCCCGUGAGGAGGGCGAGAGUAGUCGUGAACAUGCGGCCAGAAUUAUGCAGAAGCUCGACCUCCAUCGAAAGGCUGCUUUCACUUCGGGCACAGACAUGGGGCCUAUCCCGUCUCAAGCCCCGACUGGGGGGAUCGCUAGUCUCAUAUCUGCCAGUCAUGGGUUGCUACCAGGAUAUCCAGCGGUGACUACCAAACAGCAACAGUCACAAGGAGGAGGGCCAGUAUUCGGCGGACCAGAACAACACCCGGGAAGCCUCGCGCCUUCGACGUUAGCAAAGCCGCCUGCAACGACCAAUCUUAGUAAGACGGCCGUUGUCUAUAGCAGUGAUAGAAUAUUCAGCGCGAGUGCUUCGCAAUUGUUGCCAACUGCGAUUAUGGCCAACUACUGGGGAAGCAAUGCCUGGGGACAUGAUUACUUCUCCAGGACUAAGCGAGUAGACCAGGAUCUUGAUGAUCCAUUCGGGCCUAAUUCGCCAUCCAUCAAGAUGACUGUAGUUGGUGACAAUGAGGAGGUUAAGAGUCCAUCCUCCAUACAUAAGAAGGCUAUCAGCAUGGAUGGCCGAAUUAACCACCCGAAGGUUGUUCAGCCUACUCCAGAAAAGCCACCGCCAGAGACCUUCCCAGCGAACUACCCCAUAGAGCUCAAGACGAACUCAGCACAGUUUCGCUUGCUUUUCCCAGGUGUGCCUCUGGAUGAAAAACUGGUUUUGGUCUUUCGGGCUUCUUGGAGUAGUACCUCAGAAGCUAACCGCGAUACACCAGCGAUGGCUAGCGAUGGGCGAAUCUACGUCACUUCGGAUAAUAUGUAUUUCUACGGGCACCAAAUGGGUCUCGUCGUUACAUACACGAUCAAUCUCGAUAGUAUCGCGGAAGUGACAGCUGCACCUGGUAGAGAUUGCGAUUUCAUUUUUCUACACCUAAGUCAGGGGAGGGAUGAUACCGGGUACAGCCGGAUCACCAUCAAGACUUUCCUUGAGGAUCUUGAUCUUCUAUACGCUCGUCUCAAUCUUCUCAUGGAUGACUUACAAGCCGAAGAGCCUAUGGAAUUACCAGAACUCAUUAUGGCACUCAUUAAUCUAGAAGAAAAGGAAGAACUCGAUAGAAGAAGUCCCAGUGUAGGAAGCUGGGAGGAGAUAUCCGAGCAUACUCCUAUUGACGACGGCACAGCGGCGGGUAGAGCAGUCAGUCCUAGAUACCGCAACCCUGCCCAUAGGUCACGAAGCAAAUUCUCGCGAAAACCUCUUCCGAAGUUCCAGCUUCCAGCCCAUCCGGUUAUCUACGAACCCGAAGACAUGCAAAAACUAGUUGCCGAACGGUCGUUCGAAAUCAGCGCCAAAGCAUGUUUCCAUAUACUGUUCGGAGAUAAGAGCUUCGUCUUCCCUAAGCUCUAUUUUGAUCGGAGGGCUCAGCAUAUUGCCCAAGGCCCCUGGCAAAAGAACGAGGCUGGAAAGAUGCAGAGGCAAUUCCGCUUCAAGGUCAACUACACCACGAGGCUAGGUCGGGCGCGGGUUGAAGAGGUCACAGACCAACAGACAAUUGACUUAUUUAGUGAUCACGUUACGUACGUUGUGACCCAUACGAAGACCCCAUGGCAUCUACCACACGCACACGGCUUUAAGUUAGUAACGAAGAUUGUCAUAACGCACGUCGCGAAAUCCAAGUGCAAAUUGACAAUUUUCACGAAAGUGGCAUGGUCGAAACCACCGGCACUAGCCAAAAAUUUGGUAGAACGACAAGCAAUGGACGAUGCUAGUCAGGAUGCUGAAGAGCUCGCAGAGGUGGCUACGGAUCAAGUUCGGAAACUUGGCCACCAAAGUCGUACCAAGAGAGCAAUUCAAGUUUAUGGCAACGUUGGGCAGCAGACGCAAGUCGUGGUAUUCACGCCAGGAGAGGCUGGCAUGUCUAAGAAGACCCAAAUCAACCCUCGUACUCUAGGUUCAAUGCUAGUAGAGACUAUCAGGUCCUUUGCCGACAGCGUCGCUUCAUCACUAAUGAUGUGGACAUUUGCGGGAGUAAAAAAGUUAUGGGAUGUAGUCUCAGCACAGCGGCUCAUCCUCGUCCUACUCGGGUUCAGCGUGUUUACCAAUCUUGUAUUCUCAUCCCAGGGUACUUCGACUUGGUUGAGCGAGCGGCGCGCGGCAAGUUUCAUGAAUCGUAUCGGUGUCUCCCCGAACGUAGUCAUGAGCAAGGCCAUCUACAUAGCAGAUCUAGAUGAAGCGGUCCGAAGUACAGCGCUACAACCCGCAUCGCCCCAGGACAGUUUCUGCUAUGCUACCUUCCAAUCUAUCGCCAAUAGCACCGACAUUGACGCUCCAAGUGAGUACGCUGGGACCUCGCUUGCGUGGGGCUCAAGCAGGGCAACGGCGCGGCGACUCCGUCAAACUAGACAGAAGCUAGGUUCCUACCGCCAUGAUCUACUGGUGGCUAUGCGCGUAGUUAACCGCGUCGAGCGCGAGGCCCUACAAGCCGAGUGGGAAAAUUGGCUCCUCGACGAAAAUCAUCGGUGCGAGCAAGUCGGCACCGUGCUCGAGGCGUGGAACGACAGCUCGUCGGAUAGUAGUGGUACCAAAGGAGAUGACAGCGACGUACAGAAAGUCCUCCAAAGUAAUACUGGUGACAAGAGUAAGGACGAUGCUCGGCGCGAGAGUCUAAAGCUAUGGCAUGAGGAGUACUGUGGUAGCUGCAGGGUUGAUCGCGAGGAUCUACUAAAGGAGAGGGAGAACAUGCGCGUAUCAGCUGCAUUCUAGACUUGAGUCUUAUAUACUACGUAUUACUCGUGGUAAAGAAAGGGAAUAAGCAGGUAGCUUAGGGAGGGAAGAAGGUGGAGAUAGAAGAUAGGAUACUUUAUAGGACAUCAGCAUUCAAUAGGCGGUUAAAGCGAAGAGGUAGAGAGAGGGGGGGUGGCAUACAUACAGCAUACACAGCGUACCUAGGCACAUGCCUACAUACAAACUAGGAUAUGAUACAUAUAAUACAUAGCAGUACCUAACUACUUGAAGGUUCAUGGACAAGUAUUUGGUACCUUCUGUUUGCAACGAGGAAAGAACACUAAGAAUGAAGGAGGCGAAAAGAAGAGAUGGAAAGGGGGCGAAAGGGUGAUGUACAAUACAGUAUUAUAUCGUGUUAUACACAGGACAGAUGCCUAUGUACGUGGGCAGGUAGGGUACACAUGACGCGUUCGUUUGUUUACAUGGAUGCUGGCUAUAUGUAUAUGAUAAUUAUAUAAUGAUACAUACAUACAUACAUACACACA